CAGUCAACUAAAAAAUGCUGAUGCCCUCAGUCGGCUGCCUGUGGCACAGAAGGAAGUUCCAGACGAACCACUGUUCGAGGUCCGGAUGUUGGAAGCGGCACCUGAGAUACCUUGGGAUGCGAGGAAGAUUGCGCAGUGUACAAGGAACGACCCUGUUCUGUCCCGGGUGAAACACUGGACCGUGAAUGGCUGGCCCCAAGGCAAGGUGACUGAACAGUUCAAGCCAUACGCUCGACGUCAGCAUGAGCUGUCUGAGUACAGAGGUUGCCUCCUGUGGGGGAGUCGUGUUGUUAUCCCAAGACAAGCCAGGGACCAUGUGCUGGGGUUACUGCACAGUGUGCACCCAGGUAUUGUUCGCAUGAAGGCACUUGCGAGAAGCGUGGUAUGGUGGCCUGGCAUCGACGACGAAAUUGAACGAAAGGUGCGAACCUGUUUGCAGUGCCAGGAAACAAGGCCAGAUCCGUUAAGGGCAAGGCUGCACCCUUGGGAAUUUACCAGGAACCCGUGGGCCCGGCUCCAUAUCGAUUUUGCGGGUCCCUUCCAAGGGAGGUGUUUUCUUCUCGUCGUGGAUGCCCACUCCAAAUGGUUGGAGGUCUUUCAGUUAACGUCUUUGUCUUCAGUAACGGUGUGUGAAAAACUACGAACAUUAUUUGCAACGCAUGGUGUCCCUGAUACCAUCGUCUCGGACAAUGGUGCAGCUUUUACGUCCCAAGAAUUCCAAGAAUUUAUGAAGCGAAAUCAAAUUCGACAUGUCAGGGUGGCGCCUUAUCAUCCGUCUUCUAAUGGCCAGGUGGAACGAAUGGUGCAAGAAACCAAGCAAGUCCUCAAGCGCUUGGGUAAAGGCGACUUGACUACAAAGCUGUCACGGUUUCUUCUGAGUCAACACACACUUCCCCACUCCACGACUGGAAAGAGCCCAGCCGAAAUGCUAAUGGGCAGAAGACUUCAUACGGUGCUGGACAGGCUUCAUCCCGACAUGCUGACUGAGAUGAAAGACAAACAGGAAAAGCUCAUGCAGAGUGGAAACCAAAGACUUCGAAGUUUUCAUCUGGGGGAUGCUGUUUUUAUUCGGAAUUAUCUUUCUGGUCCUAAAUGGCUGCCACGAAUUAUUACAGACAUCACAGGACCAGUGUCGUUCAAGGUACGCACCGUUGAUGGACGCCUUUGGAGACGUCACUUGGAUCAGAUUCGUCAUCGUGAGUGGACUGAAUAUUACGAGCCAAUGAUUGAGCUGCCGGUCCCAGACCCAGUGUUCCAGCCGCAGUCUUCUCCACGGCUUCCGUUACCACCAGAUGUACCUUUGGCAGAACAAGCAUCGUUGCCCAUCAGCUCUGAAGAAACUACGACGGGACAUGGCUCAACAGUAGUUCCUGUCCCAUCUUCACCACUGCCUACCGAACGAUCAGAAGCAAGUUUUCCGGUUCCUGAGCGCACGACUCGUCCGUAG